AAGAUAGUAAAAAUUCAUGAAAACCAAUAUUUUCUUUUUAGUCUUCAUUUAAUGUUAGGCAUGUUAGCAGUGUGGUUAUAUUAUAUAUAUAAAGCAUGUUUAACUGUAAUGUUUAAGUAAAAAUAUAUAUUUGAUUGUGUACACUUAGCCUUAUUAAGCUUUAUGGCAGCACGCUAAGCUUUUUUUAGGUAUAAUAUUUACCUAACGUUACCUAGCUAGUUUUGCAAACGUUAACUUAGCUAGCGUCUAGUCAGUGUAUGCGAUAGAAAAAUGGCCAUAACAACGAAAACUGACGAUUACAUUUUCUUUUACCGGAUAAUUACUUUUGAUGCAACCGUAGCAAAUGUGUUUUUCUAGCUAGCUCAUUGUUCUAUCUUUGCCCAUAAUGUACAACAACUGCCAUUACUGCAGCAAGCGAAAAACAGGAAACAGUCAUUUUCAGAAGGUCCUGCUAUUUGACCCAGCGCAAGAGAAGGAAAAGCCCAUUGGACAAGUUCAGGGAAAUACAUUGCUGCUACACAGCGACCUGAUGGAACCUGGAGGAAGCCUCGUAGAGUGAAGGAUGGUUAUACCCCUCAGGAAGAGGUCCCUGUGUGACUACCUCAUGAAGCUGGUUGAGAGAAUGCCAAGAGUGUGCAAAGCUGUCAUCAAGGCAAAGGGUGGCUACUUUGAAGAAUCUCAAAUCUACGAGAAUAAAUUUGUUAAGUUCUUCAAGGGCAAGCCCGAUCUGCCACCAGGUAUGAGCCCCGACAAUGCGGCCCAGGCAAGGCAGCAGCAGGGGAUCCCCGGCAUUGCAGAGAACGAGACAGCUGGGCUCUCCAAGACAGCCAAGCGAAACAUGAAACGGAAGGAAAAGCGCAAGCAGCAAGGCCCGGAUAGCAAUGUGGAAUCACUAACAAAUGCUGUUGAGACUAUGACGUUUGCCGAGGACGGUGACAGUGUGACGCCUGCAUCUAACCCAGCUGGAGCUACUAAUGACCCUUCAUCUGCAACAGCAGAAAAGUCCAAGAAAAUCAAGAACAUAAAAAAGAAGCUGAGGCAGGUUGAGGAGCUGCAGCAGAAACUGGACUCUGGGGAAAUCAAGCAAGCUACAAAAGAGCAGCAGGAGAAGCUUGGAAGGGCCAAAGCCUUACAGGACGAGUUACUGCAGCUUGAGGAGGAUUCAUGAGAUAGAAAAUGUUGUAAAAAUGGGCAGCUAACCAGUUGUGGAAGUUGGACUGUUCAAAAAUACAAACACCCAGUUCUAAAAGAAAUGGACAUUUACAGCUGCGUUGAUGAGCUUCCCUUGAACAGUUUCUGGAUAUGUGUUGAUAUCAGACAGCCAAUGAACAUGAACUUUGGCUUUUGGAAUAUCAAGUGUACAUAAACCCAACACUUCACGUGUUAUGUGUUGACAAUAAGUGAUCAUGCUUUUCCCACACUUUGUCCAAAACCAAUUACCGAACAACAAUGAGCCAGCCAGGUGUUUUCUCUUCAUUUAAAAUGUACUUUUAAAACAAUUGAACUGAUUCCUUAUGCUUGGCUAUGAACUUAUUGGCCAUUCAAUUAUAGUUGUAAUAGCAUUUAUUUGUGUACUUAGUAUGUUUGUGCAUUUUGUAUCUUUUUUAAAUUUUUUAUCUUUAUCUGUCAAGAAUAGCAAAAAAUAUUAUAUAUUAGUUAGUUGCAUUAAAGAUACAAAAAUUCCCUAUUGAAAAGAAUACCUGUUUGUUGACCCAUCUCUGUACUGAAAUGAUACAUAUUUUCCAAAUGAUUGGAUUACUUCAAAUACAGUUUGAAUUUGUGUACAUAAUGAAGAGGUUCAUGGUUUACAACAUUGUAAACAACUAAUAAUGUAAAUCCCUGUGAUUACAGGGGAUAGAGAGGAUUGUGCUGUUUUUUGAUCUGAUUUCGGCAAUCAGAUAUGAUUAAAUGUUAGAAUGUGAUUCUGGUCCUCUUUGUAGGAAUUCGGAUUUGGUUAUCCAAUCUGACCUUUUAAUCACGAUUAAAUGUCGUUUUUCAAAGGCGAUUUGGAUAGUUUGAUGCUGAAAUUCUGGAUUAUCUUGAUCUCACUGGAAGGGUGGUUCUAGAAAGGUGAAUGGCACUACAACCAAGACAUUUUAAUGUAAACUGAACAAAAAUAUAAAUGCAACAUGUAAAGUGCCGGUCCCAUGUUUCUUGAGCUGAAAUAAAACAUCUCAGAAGUUUUCCAUAUGCACAAAAAGCUUAUUUCUCUCUAAUUUUGUGGACACAUUUGUUUACAUCCCUGUUAGUUAGCGUUUUAUCUUUUGUCAAGAUAAUCCAUCCACCUGACAGGGUGGCAUAUCAAGAAGCUGAUUAAACAGCAUGACCAUUACACAAGUGCACAUUGUAAGGCCACUAAAAUGUGCAGUUUUGUCACACAACACAAUGCCGGAGAUGUCUCAAGUUUUGAGGGAGCGUGCAAUUGGCAUGGUCCCUGCAAAGAAUGUCCACCAGAGCUGUUGCCAGAUUUCUCGACCAAUGUUGUUUUAGAGAAUUUGGCAGUAUGUCCAACCAGCCUCACAACCGCAGAACACUUGUAACCAUGCCAGCCCAGGACCUCCACAUCUGGCUACUUCACCUGCGGAAUCAUCAGAGGAGGUGCUGAGGACUAUUUAUGUUUCAUUGGCUGGGCCUUGCUCCCCAGUGGGUGGGCCUGGCUCCCAAGAUGAUGGGCGUAUGCCCUCCCAGGCCCACCCAUUGAUGUGCCCCUGCCCAGUCAUGUGAAAUCCAUAGAUUAGGGCCGAAUUAAAUUAUUUAAAUUGACUGAUUUCCUUAUAUGAACUGUAACUCAACAAAAUAUUUGAAAUUGUUGCGUUUAUAUUUUUGUUCAGUAUAACUAAGGUGACAAGGUUUAAAAAGCAAUUAAGCAUCUGAAAACGAAAGGUAAUGUUAAAUUGGUUGUCUUAAAGUAAUGUGGUCAGUUGUUAUAUUGAGAAGUGUCAAAUAAAUGCAUGUACUUAUGUGAUAUGCAGACCAUU